AUGAGUCUCCUCGGGAGCUACCGGAAAAAGACCAGCAACGAUGGUUACGAAUCCUUGCAGCUGGUGGACAGUAACCGGGACUUAAGUGCGGGAAGCGGCGCGGGUGGCGGCAAGCAGAGAGUGAACGCCGGGGCGGCGGCGGCGCGGAGUCCCGCCCAGCAGCCUCAGGAACGCGCCAGCACCAUGGACAGCUCAGGUGCCUCAUCCCCAGACAUGGAGCCCAGCUAUGGGGGAGGUCUCUUCGACAUGGUGAAAGGAGGUGCAGGGAGGCUCUUCAGUAACUUAAAGGACAACUUGAAAGACACCCUCAAAGACACAUCUUCCAGAGUUAUACAAUCUGUUACCAGCUACACGAAGGGAGAUUUAGACUUUACUUAUGUUACCUCCAGAAUUAUUGUGAUGUCCUUUCCUCUGGACAAUGUUGACAUAGGAUUCAGGAAUCAGGUGGAUGACAUCCGAAGCUUUUUGGAUUCCAGACAUCUUGACCACUACACGGUGUACAAUCUGUCACCCAAGUCUUAUCGAACUGCCAAGUUUCACAGCAGGGUCUCAGAAUGCAGUUGGCCCAUUAGGCAGGCCCCCAGUCUGCACAACCUUUUUGCUGUGUGUCGGAAUAUGUAUAACUGGCUACUACAGAAUCCCAAAAACGUCUGUGUUGUCCACUGCUUGGAUGGACGGGCAGCAUCGUCAAUUCUGGUUGGUGCUAUGUUCAUUUUCUGUAAUCUCUACUCUACUCCUGGCCCAGCCGUUCGAUUGUUAUAUGCAAAGCGACCCGGAAUCGGACUGUCGCCAUCCCACAGGAGAUACCUGGGCUAUAUGUGUGACCUCCUAGCAGACAAGCCCUACCGCCCUCACUUCAAGCCUCUCACGAUUAAGUCCAUCACUGUCAGUCCAGUCCCUUUUUUUAACAAACAGAGAAAUGGAUGUCGUCCUUACUGUGAUGUACUGAUUGGAGAAACCAAAAUAUAUACGACCUGUGCAGAUUUUGAACGAAUGAAAGAAUACCGUGUCCAAGAUGGAAAAAUCUUUAUUCCCUUGAGCAUCACUGUGCAAGGAGAUGUGGUUGUUUCCAUGUAUCACUUGAGGUCAACCAUUGGGAGCCGACUACAGGCUAAGGUGACCAACACCCAGAUAUUCCAGCUUCAGUUUCAUACUGGAUUCAUACCACUGGAAACCACAGUUUUAAAGUUCACCAAACCUGAAUUGGACGCAUGUGAUGUACCAGAAAAAUAUCCUCAGCUAUUUCAGGUGACUCUAGAUAUAGAACUACAGCCCCACGACAAAGUGAUAGACUUAACCCCACCAUGGGAACAUUACUGCACGAAAGAUGUCAAUCCCAGCAUCCUCUUCUCUUCUCACCAGGAGCAUCAAGAAACUCUGGUCUUAGGAGGACAGGCUCCAAUAGAUAUCCCUCCGGACAACCCCAGGCAUUUUGGGCAAGGUGGCUUCUUUUCCUCUCUCUGUUGGCAAGAUCAGAAAUCGGAAAAAUCAUUCUGUGAGGAGGACCAUGCUGCCCUAGUGAAUCCAGAAAGUGAGCAAUCGGAUGAUGAACUUCUGACCCUUUCCAGUCCACAUGGCAAUGCUAGUGGUGACAAACAGCAUGGAGCUAAAAAGCCCAGCAAAAAGCAGCAGGAGCCAGCUGCCCCUCCACCCCCUGAAGAUGUGGACCUUCUGGGUCUAGAAGGAUCUGCAGUGAGUAAGAACUUCUCUCCGCCAGUGGCUCCUCCCACUAAUUCUGAACUGCUGAGUGACCUGUUUGGAGGUGGAGGUGCGGCGGGGGCUGCCCAGGCUGGACAGUCAGGGGUGGAAGACAUGUUUCAUCCAAGUGGACCUGCGUCUACCCAGUCGACACCACGCCGCUCUGCCCCCUCCACCUCUGCAUCUCCAACCCUAAGAGUGGGAGAAGGUGCCACCUUUGACCCAUUUGGAGCACCUUCUAAACCAUCAGGUCAGGAUUUGCUGGGUUCUUUUCUGACCACAUCUAGUGCUUCCAGUGACCCCUUUCUUCAGCCUACAAGAAGUCCUUCACCUACAGUGCAUGCGUCUAGUACACCUGCUGUGAACAUUCAGCCAGAUGUUUUGGGAGGUUGGGAUUGGCAUACCAAACCAGGAAGCUUUGGAAUGGGAAGCAAGUCAGCUGCCACCAGCCCAACAGGAUCCUCGCAUGGCACGCCCACGCAUCAAAACAAACCGCAGACUCUGGAUCCUUUUGCUGACCUUGGGACUCUAGGUAGUUCUUCCUUUGCCAGCAAACCCACCACACCAACUGGACUGGGUGGAGGAUUUGCGCCUCUCAGCUCACCGCAGAAGGCAUCUCCGCAGCCUAUGGGUGGAGGGUGGCAGCAGGGAGGUGGCUACAACUGGCAGCAGACACAGUCCAAGCCACAGCCCAGCAUGCCCCACUCCUCUCCCCAGAACCGACCCAACUACAAUGUGAGCUUCUCGGCCGUGCCUGGGGGGCAGAAUGAACGUGGGAAAGGAUCAGCUAAUUUGGAAGGGAAACAAAAAGCAGCUGACUUUGAAGACCUACUUUCUGGUCAAGGUUUCAAUGCACACAAAGACAAAAAGGGGCCUCGAACAAUAGCUGAGAUGAGAAAGGAAGAAAUGGCUAAGGAAAUGGAUCCUGAGAAAUUAAAGAUUCUGGAAUGGAUUGAAGGUAAAGAGAGAAAUAUCAGAGCACUUCUGUCCACGAUGCACACUGUGUUGUGGGCUGGGGAGACCAAGUGGAAACCAGUUGGCAUGGCUGACCUGGUAACACCUGAGCAGGUGAAAAAGGUAUACAGGAAGGCUGUGCUGGUGGUGCACCCAGAUAAAGCUACUGGGCAACCCUAUGAACAAUACGCAAAGAUGAUUUUUAUGGAGCUCAAUGAUGCCUGGUCUGAGUUUGAAAACCAAGGUCAAAAGCCCUUGUAUUAG